AUGGAACUUGCACAGAAACCCGAUGGAGUGAAGAACUUAAACAGCAAAAACAUGGACACGUUGGUGCAGAAGUUAAGUGAAAAUGAAACUCAAAAUACUAAUCUCAGGAGAAAAAUACUUGAAAGGGAGAAACAUGUUAAAGAACUUUCAUCCAGGCUUCAGCUUGAAAAAGUCAAUAUACAGAAAGAAGACCACCUGUCGAGAUCCGUAAAAGCAGUACAAGCUCACCUGCAAUGUCAGAUUCAAAGAAAAGAAAUGGAAAAUGAUGAAUUAAAAGUGAAAAUACAGACUCUAGAAAAGACAAUAGCGGGGUGGAAGCUUCAAGUUGGUGAAUACAGGCACCAGAUGUUAGCCUUACGAGAAACAAGUGAGCAAAAGAAGACUGCUCUAAAAAAAGCAAUCAAGUCCCAGAAACAAAGAGCUGAAUGCUUUGAAACAGCUGUGGAAAAUUUAACCUCCAGAAUAAGAGAACACGAAGUCAAACUGUCUGAGAUACUGUCAGCUUCUGAUGUCUGGAAAAGCCAGCAUGAUAGAAUGGUUGAAGGAAAGACCACAUUAGAAAUUCAAAGAGAAGAUCUUAAGAAGCAGAUCACAAGCCUUUUGGAAGCCCUGAAAAGAAAGGAGGAAUGGAGAAGAAAUUCAGAUGAGGAAAUUUUUGGAAAGCUAAAAUCUGUUAACUCUGAAAAUGAAAAGAUUUGCCUUGAAAAUGAGAAAUUAAAGGCUUACCUUGCUACAUUAGAAAACAGUACUGUUUCUGUUGAAAAUGAGCUGCUAAAUCUGCAAGCAAAGGCAAAGCUGCAGGAAAAUCUUGUUGAAGAGUACAAAAAUCAGGUACAAAAAUUACAAACAGCAGUAGAAGAAUUGAAAUCCAGAUGUGGAAUAGUCUUAAAUGAAAGCAAAAGAAUAACAGAAAACAAAUGCUUAGAAGUAGAUAAGGUAAGUUUUGCAUUAAAGCAGUUAGAACAUGUUUGUGACUUGCUGAAAGCAGCUGAAGAAAAGCAGCAAGGAUAUCAGGAAAAGCUUGUGUCCUGGGAAAGGAUCCAUGCACAGAAAUGCAAAACCCUUCAGGAGCUGCAGGUUCAGGAGGAAGACAGUGUAACUUCCAUGGGCAGUCAUUCCUUAGGAGAAGAAAACCAUAACAUUCAGAAGAAAUAUGAAGAUCUUAAAAGGCAAUUAGAAAAGAUGGAAUUUCAAAAUGAAGAACUUGCUUGUCGGCUCAAAAAAGAAGAUGAGAGUCUUCAGUGCAGUAAAUUGCAGCUUGAAGAGAAAAUUACAGAAUAUAAUGGAUUAACCAGACAACUGGAAUCUGCUUUGGAAGAAGGGAAAAAAAUGGUAGCUGAAGAACUGGAAAAAAUGUCAUGUAAAGAACAAGCCCUUCAGACAAAAAUGUUAGUUCUUGAAACUGAAGUGAGAGAGGGGCAAGAAGAGAAAAAACAACUCCUCUGCAUAUUUCACCAUGAUGAAAAGCACCAUGAAGUACGUUUGAAAGAGCUGGAGAACAGCCUACAGAAGUCAGAGAACAAGAACCGGAGCAUCCAGAAUUAUGUACAGUUUUUGAAAGCUACAUACAUAACAAUGUUUGGCUGA